AUGGAACACAAUAACAUCGUAAACGAAGUUGUUAAGCUGAAAACGGAGCUGAAGAACGCACUGGUAGAAAAUGGAGAGCUAAAAAAGAGGCACCAUGAAGACACGGAAAAGAUGAACUUAGUUUCGUUGAAAAACGCCACUCUGUUGAGUGAGAUAGCGGACGAGAAGAAAAUGCUGCAAGUAGAGUUCAAUAACUACAAGGAGGAGUCAGUAAAGGACAUAAAGAGGCUACAGGAGGAGCUGGACAAAAACGUAAUUAUGUUAAAUUGUUUGAAGGACGAAAUUCUAUUCAAGGAGGAGGAACUGAAAAAGGCGGAAAUAAUUGAGAAGCUAUACAAGGAGGAGAGCCAACUGAAUCAAGAAAAAGAUAGGAAGAUUAAAGAUUUAGAAAACAUCCUAACACGGAGGGAAGCAGCAGAGAGGGGUGCACCUUCAAAGGAAGACCAAACCAUUGAUGGGCAUCCCCUAUUGGAGCAAAGGAACGAAGAAUUGAAAGUGUUAAAUAAAAAAUAUGAACAGCUAAAAAAAACAAACAACGAAAUUGAGAAGAAAAUAUACUUCCUAAAGGAAGAAGUAGAUUAUUACAAAAAUAAUGAAAACAGUUUUAUAAUGCAAAAUAUUUUUAAUGCAGAAAAUAAUUUAGACGAUUCGACGUGCAAGAAGUAUCUUUUGAAGAUAUCAGUCCUGUACAACGCUUUACACAAAAUUGUCGUAUAUGAUCAAAGGAGUCUACUCGAAAAAGACAAAUUAAUUUACUCCCUGGAGAAGGAAAACACGCACUUUUUGAAAAAAUUCAUCGCAGAUGAGAUGUACUGUCUUUACCUCAAAGAUUGUAUCAGUAAAAUUAACUUGACUUACCAAAUAGAUCUGCACAAACAGGAGAAAAAAUAUAUGCUGCUCAACUCAGAGUACGAUGAGUUAUAUAAUAAGUUUCUGCAGGAAAAGAAUGAGAAUUGCUUACUCAACGAAAGAUAUGAUAAAAUUAUUUUCAAUCAGAAGAAAGAAAUUAAUAACUUGAAGAGCCAUAUCUCUAUACAGAAUAAGGAUAAAGAAAUUCUCACCAAGUAUAUCGACAACUAUAUCACUUAUAUAGAAAAUUCAUAUGAGAAAUAUUGCCUUCUCAAUACAGAGUAUAAAAAUUUAGAAGAGUUAGUCAAAGAUUUGGAAGAAAAAAACAAAAAUUUGAUGAUUCUUGUUAAUGGGAUAAAUGCAGACAUGGAGAGGGAUCAUUCUAAGGGGACCGAAUUGGAGAAUGAGAAUAGAGCAAAACAUAAAAGGAACACCAUAACGAUGGAUAUUGAUCAUAUGAAGUUAAUCAAAAAUGAUAUCAAAGAUAAGGACAUAAAAAUUAUAGAAUUGGAGAGCAAAAAUCUGGAACUUGAAAAAACGAUUGACAAACUUAAUGACGAGUUGGUGAAGAACAGAAAAACGGAGUACGAAGAAAGCGAAUCCUCCAAAAUUAAAGACCUCUGCUUCGAUUUGAAGGAUAUUUGCUCCAAACUAGAACUAGAAGUGAAGGAGAAAAAUUACAUCAUAGAGGAGCUCACCGAAAAAAUAACUCAGGCAGACAAAAAAAGCAAGGAUAAUCAAGUCAUCCUAGAAUUGUCUGAAUUUAGAAUUCAAAAUUUUAAUGAUAAUAUGAAGUAUUACCAAGAGAAGGUAGCCGAAUUGGGUGAAAAACUGCAAAAGAAGGAAGCUGAAAUAGCUAUCUUUCACGAGUAUAAUGAACGGUUAAAGGAGGAAAAGGAAAAAAUGACCUACGAGCAUGACAAGCUGGUGGAGCGACUGAACGAAUUACAACUCGAAAAUGAUCAUCUCAGAAAUGAAGUAAUCUUCCUAAGGAAGGAAACCUCCUUAAGUAAGAACCACCCUUCUGGGAAGGACAAAGCUAACACAACCCUAGUGGCGGAUGACAUCUCCUACGUGAAUGAAAAAUCCACGACUCAGAACGAUGAGCGAAGCGACCAGCAUUCUGAGUACGAAGAGAAGGAAGAAGCAAACGGAAGCAUCUAUAAAGGAGUCUUCAAAUUCAUGCAACCUAAGAAGAACACCCAUGAGGAGAAAGAACAACUAGGGUUAAAAGUAGCCAAACUGACAGACGAAAAUUUACUCCUCAUUAAGGAAAAUGAAGAAAUUUUUGAUAAACUUCAAACAAUGUCCAGCGAAAACGUGAAACUUAAAAACGAGUGUAUGUAUGUCAAAGCGGAUGCAGAAAAGUCACUCUUCUAUCUAGAGUAUGAAAAAAAGGAAAAACUAAAAUAUAAAUUAUUGCUGAGGCAAAAUAAACGUAAAGGGAAAGAACUCAAGAGAACGUUUAACAAAAUGAUGGGAACUAUGAAGGAUCUAGUCAUAAGUGUAAAAAAAAUUGACAAGGAAAACAAAAAAAAUGAUAUUAACAACUCCUUCUUUAUAUCCUCUUCGUCCGAAAAUAAUUCCCAUGAGGAGCUCCUCUCAGAUAACGACAACACAAACACGCAGUUGAUGGUGUCUUCUGUGGGGAAGUCCAAAAAGAGUCUCAACAACACCAGUGUCGAUGGGAAGCAUAGCUUUUAUAGCAGGUCCACCAAAGUUCUUAGAGCCUCAGAAAAUGAAAACGGGGGAGGAGAAAGAGAAUCUCAGGGGAGAAAAACACACCGCACACAUAUGAACGAGAGAAAAUCCGCAAAGAGAUACAUGAAAAUACGAAUGCACAGAUUCUCUAUUUGCAGCAACUUUAAGAUAAACGUGAACAAGUAUAAGAAGGCGUGUAAGGAGGCGGAGGACGGUGCUAUGUUCUUCUUGAAAGAUACUGGCAAUACCGACCUCCACUCGUUGGCAAUUCAACCGAGAAACGCCAAAGGUUUGGAUACUUUUUACUCCAUCCCGAACAGCACCGACUCGAAGGUAAUAGUAAACGUAUCAGAGGAGGAGAAGAAGAAAAAGAAAAAGAAGAAAAAGGCGAACAAUUUUUCCAUAUUUCAAACUUCCAAAAUGAUCAACGAUCUUAACUAUAUUAGAAGAAAGUACGAUUCGAAAGUGAAGGAAACAUUAACCAUGCAAAAGAAAUUGAUGGAAAAUGAGAAGGAGCUGAACGGAACCAAUAUAAAGUACGAGAAUCUGCUGAACGAACACGAUUCGCUUAUUUCGCAGAUUAAAGAAAGGACGGAAAAGCUAGCCAACAUAGAAAAAAAUUACAACCUUUUAUUUGAAAAGUACAGCGAAACACAGGACGAAAUGAAGAUGCACGAAAAAAAGACACAGGAAAUUUUUAACGAGUGUAACGAGUUAGUAGAAUAUAUGAAAAAGAAGGAAAACAAAAUUAAAGAAUUCGAUGAACACUUAAAAAAAAUGGAAAUAAAAUACAAAGAGGAAAAGGAAAAAAAUGACAUCCUCACAAAGGAUAAUGUCUCGCUGGAUAAUUUAAAUGCAAAGUAUAAGGAAGACAUCGAAUUGUAUAGGAAAAAAGUUGAGAGCAUGCAGACUGAGUUAAAGUUGAGACUCUCCAAAAUUGAUGAGUUGGAGUUAAUCCAGAAAAACUCCGAAAAUGAAAUGUUCUACCUAAAGUCAGCCACCUACAAAUAUGAAAUAAAUUUGAAGGAGGCCCAUGACGAGUUGAACAAAAUUAAUGAUGCCACUGUCAAGUUGCGGAAGGAAGUCAGCGAAAAGGAGGUUAAUCUAAACCUGUUAAAGGAGCAAAUCCUAAACAGGGAUUACUUCCUCUAUAGCAUAAACGAGUCUCUAAAAAGAAAGGAAUACUUUUACAAAAACGUCAAGCAAAGAGUUCAGGGGUUCAACAAAACCUUUAUCGAAUUGUGCGAAAGCUUCGAAAUGAGUGAAGUGAAAAAGUUCAAUGAGCUAUAUGAAGGCUUCGAAUAUAAUGAUGCCAGCUAUAAGAAGCAUAUGCUAAAUUUUCAGCUGCAUCAUAAGGAUAAAUUCGCAGACACCGUGGAAGAUAUCGUCAAAACGGUGGAUGCUCUGAGCGAAUUUAACCUCAAAUAUGAAGAAGAGAAGAACGACAUGGCCAACCGAAUUAAGGAUUUAGAGAACAAACUAAAAAUAAAGAUGAACGAAAAUAACGAACUGUAUGAACAGUAUGAGAGCAAUAUUAAGAGCAUCCUGCUCGAGCGAGACGAGCGGGUGGAAGAUUGCCUCAUCCUCUCCGAAGACGUAAAAAAAAAAAAUCAAGAAAUACACACACUUGUCAAAGAGUUGGAAGAAAAAAACGUCGAAUAUAAUGAAGUACAUAUGAAAUGCACCUUCCUCACCAAUGAGGUAAAAAAUUUAGAAAGUGCCAAAAUUCAUCUAAAGGAAAAGCUGAGGGAAAUCGAGUCCGAACAGGAAAAACAAAUUGAAUUUCUCAAAAAGGAAAAUGAUUACCUGAAGGACGACAUAGCUAGCAUCAAGAAGGUCAUUCACAACUUGGACGAAGAAAAUGAAAAGCUAAAAGGAACAGUAGAUAGUUUGAAGCAAGAAAAGUACGCCUAUGAAAAGGAGAUAGACAAACUGAGGGAAAUUCUUGAAGAAGAAAAACGAUUUAAUGAUAUUCUGAAAGAAAACGAGCAAAACUUUAUUCAAGAAAUUAAGGAGGCACACCAGUACGCUAUCAGGAAGGAAGAAGAAGUUAACGUCCUAAAACUGAACCACGAAUUAGAACAAAAAAAAUACGUUGAUGAAAUUGAUCACUUAAAAAUUAAAAAUAAAGAAAUACAAGAUUCUGUGAAAAACCAACUGAAAAUGGUCUCAGACUUGGAACUGCAGAUGCUGGAGUACAAAGUCCUUUUGGAUAAAAACACCAGCAUGAAAAUGCUAGUGCAAGAUUUGGAGAAUAAAAUUGAUGAGCUGAUCAAGGACAAUGAAAAAUUGUGCAUCGAUUUGAAGAAAGAAAAACUUAUCAAUGAAGAAAAGGAAAAAAAUAUUGUGGCACUAAGUGAGGAUGUCAAACUGUGUGAAACAAAAAUUCACGAUCACGAAUCGUUGCUCCUCAAACUGAAAGACGAAAAGGAGCAGCUCAAUGAAGAAAUAUUCAUCCUCAAUGAUAUAAAAAAGAGCAAAGAUUCUAUUAUAGAAGAACUGGAGAAUAAUUUGAGGAAAGCUGUUUUCGGCGAUGUCAAACUGAGCGAAAUGGAAAGGUCGCAACUGCAGCAUAAGGUAUUCACCGAGGAGGACCUCGGCAUUGCCAAAGAGAAGGAGGAAGAGCUAGAUUUUAACGACCUGGCUAAUUCCACUAUGUGCAUUUUUAACAAUAACGGGAAUCUGGGGCCAACCCUAGGCAGUAGCAACAGGAAUAAUGUGGCCAAAAUGAUUGAGCUUAAAAAAUAUAGUCUUUUCUUGAAGGAAGAAAAUGACGCCAUAAAACAAGAGCUAAGAAAAUUGAAAGACAGGACCUCCAUCGAUGAAAGGAAAAACGUGGAGAUGCAAAGAAUAAUCGAAAGGAGAGAUGAUAUUAUUAGAAAAAUGAACAAUGAAAUAGUUACCUAUAAUGACAAGAUAAAAAUCUUUGAGAAAGACACGAACCAACUGAACUCCGAACUGUACGCAGCUAACGAGCUGCUCGCCCUUCGAAGUGAUGAGUGCAAAGAGCUAUCGAUGGAGCUGUAUGAGCUCACCGAUGUGAAGAAUAAGUUAAUGGUUCGAAACGAAGUUCUGCAGAAACAGGUCGAUUUCUUCAAACAGGAAGUGGAGGAGAAGGCGGAGCUCCUAAACGACUUGGACAUGAAGAAAGCAGAAAACGACACCAAGGAGUGUGAGAAAAACGCCAUUAUCAGCGAAUACAACCGGACCUUAAACGUGUACUACAAAAUUUGUUCGCGCAUUAUUUAUUACAAGAAGUACGUCGAGAAGGAGCUGAGCAGGGGUGACGGAGUCGAUGGCGAGGGUUUGGGCGCCUACGUGGGGAUCACCCCUAGUGAAGGCCUACAGCAAAGCGUACAACACAGCGCACAGCGCAGUGCACAAAAUGGCGCCCACCAGGACGACUCGCCUCUGAUUCACUCCUUCCAAAGCGAACUAGCGAAUUUGAACCCUUCCGACACGAACGAAAUAUCCAGUUAUAUUAGCGAAUUUCUCAAGUGCGUGCGUCUGCUCAUUUUUAAAAAAAGGGUGUUCGAGUCGAAGCUGGAAAACGCAGAGAGGAAGUACAACGACUUUAAGGAAAAGCUCAAGGAAGACAGAGAUCUCAUAAGCGAUUUGAAAAAAAGGCUAAGACAAAAUGAAGAGCACCACAUGAACAUGAACAGGCAAGAGAACCAAGACAGCCGAAAAUAUAGCCCCCUCUGCGAAGAAGCAGAAGCAGACUCCCUCUCGAUCAACUACAAAGAACUCAGCACAGACAUAAGAAAAAGCCAAAGCAAUAAUGAACAAAUAGAAAAAAAAAAUAUGCUACUCCUAAAAUUAGAAAAUGAAAAACUGAUAGAAGAAAAUAAAUAUCUAAAUGAACAGAUAAACAGUUUGAUUAACCUACAAAAUAGUAUGAACGAAAUGAAGAAAAAAAACGAGUAUGGAGAAAAGGAAGGAGCACAAAAUGAGUACAUGUUUGUGGCGGAAAACAAGUUCCUCAAAUUUGAGGUAGAAACAAUGACCAACGAACUCAACAUUGUUAAGAACAAAAAUGAAUAUCUGAAAAAGAAGGCGGACAACUAUGAAGAAAUAAUUGACAGUUUGCAAAAAGAAGUUAUACACAUUUUGGAUAAACAAAAGGAGUGCGAUGAGGAGUACUACAAAAUGGAAACCGAGUUGGAAAAAAAAAACGAACACAUUGAAGACUUGAUGCAAAGGAGGAAAGAGGAUCAACAACAAAUCGAAGCGGAGUACUCGAAGAGCCUAAAAUUGGAGAAGGAAUUUCUAGCCUUCACAGAUGACCUAUUCAAGAAGGAAUGCAAAUUGAAGGAGUUUGAAGAAAUUGUGAAGAACCUAAAGGAUGAUAUUAACGCACACAUUGUAGAAAAAGAAGAGCUAAAAAAUAUUGUAGAAAAUUUGAAAACAAAAUAUGGCACAUUUCAAAAUAAGUAUAACGACCUUUAUGACAUCUUUGAGAAGGAGAAACAAGGGAAAUCCGAGAUGGAGAAAAAGCAAGAUAGUGCACUACUCACGAGACUAAAAAAUUAUGAUGACAUUAUCUCGGAACUUCUAAAGGAGAAAGAAAAUUUACUAAACAAGUAUGAAGAAUUGAAGAGAGUGUAUGAUGAAAAGCUGAAAGUAGAAUCCCUUCUGCACAAAGAAAUCAAUGAACUCAGAAAGAGUAACGAAAAAUUGAGUGAACAGAAUAGCUCUUUGAUCGAAAAUGUCAACAAGUUGGUUAAACAGAAUGAGCAGUACAACAUCAAGUUAGUAGAUCUAGACAAGGAAAAAUUUGACCUCUAUAUGAAAUAUCUUAAAGUGUCGGAGGAGUUGAACAACUUUUCUGCGUCCCCUCUCCGUUCGAAUCACAGCGCAGUGGAUAAAAAUUUCACAGAUAAUAGGCUUUCCAACCCUCCCUUGUCUAGAGGGAACAGCCCGGGAGGUGAAUCGCAUGGAAAGGAGUCCAAAAAGAGCAUCUUUAAUCAGUAUGAUCAGAGGAAGAGCCAGGACACGGAGCGCCAAGACACAGAGCGCUUAACCCAGGAAGGGGAACACCCUCAAAAGGGAGUCAUUAGAAAUAAUCGGAAGAACGAAAUCAGCCACUUGGAAGCAGAAAAUCGUGCCCUUAAGGAAAAGAUUAAUGAAUUGGAGCAAAUGAAUGGAAACAUAUUUAGCGACAAUAAGGUAUUAAUAGAAAUGAUUGCCGAGGCAGACAAACGGGGAAAGGACCUACAAAUUGGAGAUAUAAAAAGUUUGAGGAAUUACGAAAUUUUGAUGAAAGAAAACAAACUUGAAAAGGAAGAAAACGAACAUUUGAAGUUAGAGAUAUAUAAUUUGAAGAACCAAAUUGAUCAGUAUAGUAUCAUGCUUAAUAAAAGGAGCCAGUACGAGGAAAGAAACAAAAGGGCCAAAAAUUACCUCUACUACUUAAAUGACAAAAUCAAAGGGUUCAUAGAAAUUUUCAGCGAAAAGAACUUUAACUAUGAAUACUUCAAAUCGGAACUAAAAAAAAUUAAGUCCACCAAUUUGAUGAUUAUUGAAGAAAAUUUCGAAAAUUUCAAGGAAGGUGGCAACUCCAGAAUAAGUACCCCAAGUAAGCACACCCUGGAGGACGAUAACAAGAGUGUCAGCUCCAAAAUAAUUGUCAAUUUUUUCACUGCCUACAAUGAUACAAGUAAAACCAACGAAGACGACAUCAUCAUUAACAGAUUCGAAUUGAAAAAAUUCUACAAGUGCAUCAUAAAAUUGAAGGAGGAUUAUCAUAAGAAAUGCCUCCUGGCUGAUAACCAAAAAAAUCUCAUUGAAGAAUUGAACAAGGAGAUCUUUAACUACUCCACGCAGAAUAAGAAUCUCCAAAAUGAUGAACUUGAACUGAAGAAAAAAGUGACCCAAGUGAUGAAUGAAAAUGCGGCUAACGUUGAAAAGUUUGCCAAAUUGAAUGGAAAUUUGAUCAGCAGACUUAACGAGGAAGUCUCUAAGAACGAAAAGUUGAUCUCCGACUUGAACACACAGAACGAGAUAAAUAAACGCCAUCAGGAGAACCAGAAGAGGAUAGGAAAGGCGCUAAAUUUUAAACACUUCACGAGUGAUGAUUUGUCAAAACAGGAUGAAGACAGCACGGAAAGAAAUUUACAAAAAAUUCACAUCUUACUCGACGAGUAUGAAGAGCUGAUGAAGAACAAUUCCAAGUUGCUAACAACCAGUGACAAAGUGGCUGCGGAAAAUGACACCCUUAAAGAGGUCAUUACCAAAAUGGACAAAGAAAUUAACGACCUGACACUCGAACUGAAUGAAAAGAAAGAACAACUCAGUCAGGAAAAGUGCAAAAAUGAGCAACUCGCACGCCGAAGUGCACGCAAAUUGGACGAUGAGCAGGGCAAACUUGGUAGAAAUACACCCCAAAAUAAUAGAGAGCAGUACAACGAAGACGUCAUACAAGAAUAUGAAACAAUUCUUCUCGCCAUUGAAAAAAAAAACUCCGAGUUGGAGAACCAUUGUGAGAGUUAUCAAAAACGUAAUGACGAACUCAGCGACAAGUACGACGCGUUGCUUAAGGAGUACAACGAGCUGAAACGUUUUGUGAAGGAAAAGAAAAUUGAAUUCAAGUUGGCUCAGGAGAGAAGCCAAAAUGAUGACGAGGACGGGGAAGUCUCCAAAAGUCAGGCAAGAGGAUCAGAAAAAAUGAUCUUAAAGGAGAGACAUUCGCGCAGUGGGUUCCUCACAGCAGAUGAGUUGAUCGCCCUCAGCAAGCACGUAAACGCCGUUGAGACGCUAAACAGGGAUUUUCUAAAAAAUGAAGAACUGGAACAGUUCAUAGUUUUAAUCAAACAAGACCUUGACAAUAUUCUGAGAGAGGACUGCGGGCAGGGGGGAGAGUCGGGCGCUCCGCAAAGGGGACUCCCGAACGAGCAUCGCAGCGAAAUCAGGGGCGAUCUGCUCAGCGGACUUUUCACCCGAUUGAGCGAAAAAGAAAAGGAGGUAAAUAAUUACAAAGACGCGAUGGACAGCCUGCAAAUGCGUUUGGAUAACAAGGAGGAAAUAAUUAACAAUUUGAAGUAUGCUUACGAAAAUGAGCUGAAGCGAAAAACGGAGUUGACGAAAAGGCUGGAGGAGAAGGUGCAUGAAAAAAGUGGCCCCACCAACCAGGCAGACAUACAAAACGAACAAAUGUUUUUGAAAUUCCAAAACGGAUAUGAAGAACUGCUGAACGAGUAUAACGUCUCCCUAAAUACGCUGGAAGAAACGAAGGAAAAGCUAGAACUGCUAAGGAACGAAAAAGACAAAAUGGAAAAGUUAAAAGAAUUAGAAAUGAACGAUAAAGAAUUUAUUAUCAAAAAAUUAGAACUAAUAAACACCCAACUUAAGGAUAAGGCAGAGGAGGUAAAAAAAUCCCUAGGUCAGCAACUUGAAAUGAAGGAAAACAUAAUCAAAGAUAACGUAGACAUGCUUGACGAGUUGAAGAAUCAAGUCGAUUUUUUAAAAAAUGAAAAAAGCAAAAAUAGCAAAUACACCGCAGAGCUAGAAUUGCAGCUAGCCAAUUUGAACAACGAAAUGAACACACUGAAUAAUCUCCUCAAAGACUCUAAGGAAGAAAUCAGCUUGAUAAAUUGCGCUUUGGAAGAAAAAGAAAAUGAGGUAACCGACUUGAGGAGCAAAUUAGAGAGUUACCUAAAGGAAGCGGAUGACACCACAAUGCAGUAUGAACCUCCACAAACGGGAAGCAAACGUAAUAGUAGCGUCUCAGAGAAGAGACGACAAAGCUUCCCAGGAAGUAGUGAACAUAUGUUGAAGGAAAACGAAAUUAUUAAUGAAUUGAAGAGAAAGAGCCAAAUACAAACUAAUCUACAUUAUCAAAAAUUGAACGAACUACGGAUCGAUCUGAAGAACUCUUUCGUAAGUUACAAUAAACUCAAAUUCGAUAGUGAAAAAAAAAUUGAAGAUUACGAAGAAGAAGCAAAUAAUUUAAAAUACUACAUAAAAAAAAUCGAAGAAGAAAAUGAAAAAAAAGAUAAGAAAUAUGCGCUAAUCGAAAUUGCAAUCAAAGAAAUGGAUAAAGAUUUAAUCAUCCUGAAAGCACAACUAGAAGAAAAGAGUCUCUACAUUAUAGAUCUUGAAAAGAACAUACAACGAUAUGAAACAGAUCUGCAGUUCCUCGAUGAAGACGCGAAAGUAGUGCACCAUGUAAUUAUGACUUACGUCGAAUCGGAUGGAAGUGACAUUCACCAUUUGACGAACGAACUCACCACCAAGAUGAAGACGAACCAUUUCGUUUUCCUCAAAGAUGUCAUGGUGAAAGUUUAUCAAAAAUUUAUUAACACGCAGAUGAAGCGAAAAGAACAGCGUAGUGGCAAUAGUCAUGAUGGUAACGCCGUUUUGGAGAGGGAGAAGGAAAUUCUAACCUUGGAAGAGAAGCUGAAUAAAAUCCUUUUCGAAAAAAACGGGUUAGAAAACGAAGUGAGGUUGGUUAAGCAAGAGCUGGACACGUUGCACGAGAAGAGGAGCGCUUGCGCAAAGGAGCUCAACGGGCUUAUGAAUGAACUGGACAAACGACAUGAAGAACUGAGUCACGCGAAACAUCGAAUAGACGAGAUAGAGAGGAGGGAAAAAAACCUAUACGAUAAGGAAAGCGAGCAGAUCAGAAAUGGAGAAGAAAUGGUAAAGAGGGAAAACGAACUGUCCAGCAAAGAGAACGAAGUGAUGAAGCAGGCGAACGAGCUGACGACCAGGGUGGAAGAACUGAACAACGAGAAGAUACACAUGGAGGAGCUGAAAAACGAUCUGAUGGUUAAGUUCGAAAAGCUGUACAAUGCGCAGAACGACAUCAAAAUCAAGGAAACAAAAUUAAAAAAAAUAUACGAGAAAUUGAAAAAUCACAAUAUUGUAGAAUUACUAGACAUUAACAACAAUGAAAGUUUUUUAAACACAUCGUCGACAAACAAUUUUAAUAACUCUACGUCGCUAAAGAGAAUAAUCGAAAUGGACAAUUUGGAGAAUGAAAAUGGAAGCCUCAAUUUGGACUCACUCGAGUAUACGACCUACUUCAAGGAGUUUAAAAAAAGAAUUAAACAUUUGAAAAACGAUCUAACGAAUCGGGAGAAAGACAUGGAGAUAUACAAAAAAACUCUCGAAAUUGAGAAAAAAGAAAAAGAAAUCUACAAAAUUGAGUUAGAAAAGUUAAAGGAACUUGUGCAGGUAGAACAAAUGAAUAGAAGAAAUCUGGACGAGGAGUUGGAGAAAUAUAAAAAUGAUGACUCCCAUUUUUUGAAGUCUCUAAAAGAAUCGGAGGAACAGCUGAAUGAAAAAAAUAAAACAAUUUUAGAACUGCAACAGAAGCUGAUUGAAACUUCGUACGAAAUGAGUUUAAUGGAUAAUAAGAGCAAUAUUCUACAAGAAAAAAACAAAGAAAGUGAAAAGAAAAUCGAGCAACUUAAUGGUAUCAUCUCGAAGUACGAAAAAGAAAUUAACCAACUGAAUAAGGAAAAGCUAAAUAUUACCAGAAAAUCGAUCGAAAAAAUUAUAGACGACGGGGAAGAUAUCAAAAAGCUGAAAGACAAUUUGGAGGAUGCCCAUCAGGUAAUGCAGCAGUUGAAGGAGAAAAAUGAACAUCUGCACAGUGUGAACAGUGAACUACAACAGGCCAAUAGAGACAUGCGAGCAGACAUAGAUAUACUGCUCUCCAACAUAGAGGACAUAAGCGAGGAAAAGAAAAUGAGCGAGCAGAGACGCAGAGAGGGUGAAGACAGGUACGAUGAGCUUAAACGGGCUUACGAAGAAAAGGUACAGGAGGGUGAACAGAUGUACGGCAUGUUAUCCUCCAAGGCGAAAAGGAAGUUGCACUUUGGAGGGCAAGCGGUGGACCACGAGGAGGGGAAAGAAAGGGCAAGUCAAAUAAAUGGAGAAAUGGAUGAUGAAUCGGGCCUCCAACAACGCCGCGCAAUGGACCAGUCCGUAGAUCAACCAAGGAACCAGUUUGAAACCCCCGAGUUGGAAGAAAAACACACGGAAGAGAAACAUCUACAUGAAAUGAACGAAAAGAACGCAGUUAUCGAGUCGUUGAAGGAUAAACUGGCUCACUACACCGAGGAAAACAACAAAAAAGAACAAGUUAUAAAAGAGUACAAAUCUUUGGUAGACGAAAUUUCAAGCAAAGUGCACAUAUUUGAAGACAACCUGCAGUUCCUUGUCAAACUGAACCAGUUUGUAAAUGACAACAACUACUCAUACGAGCAGGUGCUAGUCAUUCUAGAUGAAUCUAUGGUGUACAGAAAAAUAUUGAAUAAAGUACUUUUGGAAAAUCAGUUUUACAGACAAAUUUCUCAAAUUAAGGAAUACCUUUUUGAUAUAAUAAAAAAGAACGCAUCGAACACGAGGGAAACGCUAAAAUUGAGUCUGCUAAAGAGGAGGAACUCGAAGAAGGAAAACGGAUUAAGUAAUUCAAACAAUGCUCUGUACAUGAGUGAGAAUAUUCACUCCUUCCCACACGAGAAUGACUCCCUGGUGGAUAACGUGGAGUAUAUCCUAAGAGCAAUCGAUAGUGAUUUUACCAAUUUCGAAAACGUUUGUGAUGAUAUUUGCCACUUACUCAAAAAGGAAGAGUGGCACAGUUUGUGUAAAAAGAUAAACGUACUCGAGUUCAGCUUUAACAAUGUAGUUAAUAAUAUCACAAAUGAAAUUAAAAAGGUUAGUAAAAAGUGCAACGAGAAGGGAGAAUUGAGGAAGAGCCUUAAAGUGAUGAAGAAGAAAUUUAAUUCGCUGUCCAACGAUUUUCUAAAAAGCGUGAAAGAGUUGGAUAAUCUGAAUAUUCUCCUUUCGAAAGAGUCCGAAAAAAACGAAUUGCUGCAGGCACAAAAUGACGAACUGAAGCAACUGUAUGAUAAGUUAAAUGGAGACUACAAGGACAAAUUGGGAGUUAUCGAAGAACAGGAGUACGAGGUGAAAAACUUGAGAGAGCAGCUAAUGGAAAGGAAUGAACACAAUACGAAGGCAGAACAAAUGAACGAGUUCCUCAAAACGGACUUGAGUUAUCUAAAUACAUCCCUUGAUCAGGCGGCACAAAACUUAAACGAAUUGAACAAUGAAAAUGUGAAAAACAAAAGGAGGGUAAUCGAACUGACGGAGGAAAAUACCUAUUUGAAAAACCAAAUGGAGGAUAAAUCCCAAGUUAUAGAACACCUAGAAAUUGAUCUCGAAUCGAAAAAUCAAGUGAUCAAUGAGCUGAAGGAGUUUAACGAAAUGUUGAUUAAAAAGGUUGAGGGGGGCAACUCCAAUAGGGAGGAUGACCGCACCGAUGAUGCGCAAAAUAAGGACAACCCGAGAGGAAGUUCCAGCAGUGCAAAAAUCACAAGUAACAGUGGAAGAAACAAGGAUGCACGUGCAAGCGACUCGUGUGAAGAAAUAAAUAAAAAGGAACUGCUCAUCAUCAUCAGCAAGCUAGAAAAUGAUAAUAACAUACUGAACGAAGAAUUAGAAAUUUUUAAAAACAAUUUUAACGCAUUGAAGGAUAAAAAGGAACAGUUGGAAGACAUCAUUAACAGCAACGACUUGGCCCUGAACAGGAGAGAAAUAGAACUGAACGAUGCCAUCAUCGAAAAGGAAAAAAUGCUGGAAGAAACCGGCAGGUACAAAACAAAGUGCAUACAAAUCAUAGACAUAUGCUUUAACAAAGAUUUCAAUAUAGUAGACAUAAGGGAAAAAAUUGUUGCCAUCUUCGAAAAUGAGGAUGAAGAAAUCGAAGAAAUUAUUAACUGCCAUAAGAGGCUACUCUACCACAAUGACAGUACCCAUCGAGGGACCCAAGAGGGGAAUACGAACAAAAGGAGCAGCAUCAAGGGAGGGGAUAAAUCGACACAGCUGCAAGACGAAGACAGAAUAACAAUCAUCGAACAAGAAAAAAUCCUACACAUUGAAGAAAUGAGCAAAAAGAAUGAAGAACUAAUCAAAAAAAAUGAAGAAAUUUGGAAAAUGAAUAAAUAUAUUGAAGACUUAAACAAAGAAAUUACCAACAAAAAUUAUAUCAUCAUUAAGCACCAACAAGAUGUGGAGGACAAAAAUGACAUGCUGGAACAGAACCAACAAUAUAUUCAGUUUUUGAAGGACCAAGUAAAAUUGCUAUGCAAUAACAUCGAUGAAAAUAAUUUGUUCGAUAUUAAUAACGUGAAUUUGUCGCCUACGCUUAGGAGCUUCAUAAAGAGGAAGAGCUUCAACGCGAGGUGCUCCUUCGCUGACGUUUCGGAGAGGAAGGGGGGGAGCUUCCGCGAGGGGGGGAACAACAGUCGCUUCAACGAGGAGGAGGCCUUCAAACAGAGCGACCACUUCAGACAAAGCGACCACUUCAAACAAAGCGACCACUUCAGACAAAGCGACCACUUCAAACAAAGCGACCACUUCAGACAAAGCGACCAAUUCGACCUAAGCAGGAGGAAGCGGCUGUCCGAAUUAAACAGCCAGGAAAUGUACAACUUCUACGAUGAAAACGAAGUCAAGCUGGAGGAAAUGAAUUUAAAAAUGGAUGAACUGACGGACAAACUGAAGGUUGCAGAGAACCAAGUGAAAGUGCUAAAGGGGGAAAACAACGAAUUGGUGGAAAAGUGUGAAUUUUUAAAGAAGGAACUCAAGUACACACAAGGCACCAAACGUAAUUUAAUGCUCUGCGAAAGUAGGCUCAACAUACUAGAAAAAGAAUUGCAGGAGAAACAAAAAAAACUAGAUGCACAAAAUAAGACCGUAAACGAGUGUGUCGAUAUGUAUGUGGAAGAAAAUUCUGAAAAUUUCAACAAAAUUUUGGAACUCAAAAAGGAUAACGAAAAGUACAAAAUAGAAGUAAAUAUUCUCAAUGAAGAAAUAGCCACACUGAAAAGCCAAGUGAGUACCUACAGAAAUGACAUCAAAAAUAUCAGCUCUACUUUAGAUUUUUACAAAUCCACACAUGAAGAAUUAGUAAAUGAAUUCAGCAAGGAAGAAACCACAAAUGUGUAUUACAAGAAGCUGUGCGAAUUCUUGAAAAAGGAAAAUGAACAGGUGAAGGAGAAUUUACAAGCGGAGGAAGAAAACAAAGAACAGCUCAUAUCAAGCAUGAACGAAAUACGGGAACAGUUAAACAACUGCAUGAAGGAGAACUACGAAAUUACGCUCGAUUUGGAGUUUUUCCAAAUGCAAAAUGGAAUACUAAAGGAUAGCUGCAAGUACUACAAAGAGAGGGAAGACCUUUUAAUAAGUAACUUAAAUGACAAGGACACCAAUUUGAACAUGUUGGAAAAUUUUAAAGAAGAAAAUUUAAAAGAAUUUAUCGAAAAGCUCAAGGACGAAAUACACAACUUGAAGGAUGCCAUUUCGGAGAAAACGAAGACCAUUGUUUCGUUAAAGUACCAAAUAAAGGAACACCAUUUUGAGAGCAUCUCAAAAAAAGGAGAUCACCUUGAACAUAAAAAUAAUGUCCAAGAAAUUGUCGACUUGAAUAAUAUGACCUAUGUCCAAAGUAGCUUAUUUAUUUAUAUUAAUUUAUUCAAAAGUGUUCUUUUCAUUAUAAGUGAAAUUUUGUUCUUUGCCGACCCCACAAAUAGCCUCUAUGUCGAAAUUUUAACUCUUUUAAAGUUAAGGGUGGGGAACCAAGACGCAAAUGUAGAGUUGGAUAACAUGAUUAGGCAUUUUAACCUUUCCAAAAUGGACUGUGAACAUAUUUUCCAGUCCGUCCUUAAGUCGAAAAGCAUCCUCAGGGAAAAACUUCAGCUUCUGCAGUUAAAAAUUUGCUAA